AUGGGGUCAGCUUCUGGUACGAAAAGGAAGGCAGUGGGAUCGAGAGGUGGAGAAAGUGGAGAUCAUAUGAGAAAAGUGUGGCUGAGUCCAGAUGAGAUCUAUUUGUUUGAAUUCCAAGUUAAGACAGCAGAGAGACAAGUUAUUGCAUAUUCCAAGUUAAAAGAGGGGAAGUUUCUUAGUAGAUUAUCUCAAAUUUUGAGUUCAUUAUUAUUUAUCAAGAGCCAGUUAGACCAGAUUGACUGGGAAGAAAUUUGAUUGAAGUAUGAGAAUUUUAAAGAUCAAUAUGUCCUGCUUUGCAGUUCUUGCAAUAAUUUAGUAAACCAAGUUAAUCAAAUGAAAUGAGUGCAGUUAAACUCUACUCCCACAUUUCAUCUUCCAGAAGAGAAGUCUCAGUCUGGUUCUCUUCAGAAGCCAGAUCUCGUUUUGGCCGAAGAAAUAUAUCAAGAAUACUGCCAAAUGGAUAUUAAAUUUUUAUGUGAUGUUUAUUACACAAUUUUUGGAAAAAGAGCUAAGUUUACACCAAAGGAUUACCUUUAUCUUGACCAUCAAGUAGUGAAAGUAGAUAGUAGUGUUAGAAGAGUCAGCUCAUCAGGUUCUGUUAACACAACUCAAGCAAGCUCAGCUAAUUUAGAAAAUAAUAUGAAAAAGAGAUAUCAAUGAUACAGUUUCAUAAAGACAAUCCAAACCUUCCCUUUAAUAACUCUAGACUCAGUUCAUUUAAAGAAUAUUCCCAUUACAAACAAGACAAUCAAGAAGUUCUUUAACUCUUGUUUUAGCACGAAAACUAUCUUAAAUAAGCUCAAUCUUUCCUUUGGACAUAAGCUCACCGAUAUCUCAAAAUACAUGCCUCAGAUAACAAGAAUGUCUCACAAAGUAAAGGAGGCUAUUACUUUAAUUAACUUCAAGUUAACUACCAAUCAGUUCCUACGUUUGAUGGUCUCAUACAAGCACUGUACACACAUACUGCUUUACUCCUGCUCUCUACCUCUCACUGUCGCUCCUAAGUUAUCCUUUCUGGAAGGCACUUCGAUCAAAUACUUAUGCCUCAAAGAUUGAGGAAUUCCAAGCAGGACUAAUUGGGAAAAUAAUCCUCAGUACUUUGUUAAUCUAUUCAAGGCAAUUGGGAAUUCUGGAUUAAAGAAAAGCAUUGAGAAGAUUUAUUUAGGCAACUGAGGACUUAGACAAGGAUUUGUAGAGCAAGUGAUGCAAACUAAUCAACUCCAGAUUGUUGAGCUUGCUGUAAAAUUCAUUUGUUAA